UCGUGUGGAGAGAGAAACAAGGUUCAUUUUAAGGCCUGGGAUAAUGUGUUAUGGUACGAUGAUGUACUGUAACUCAAACGGUUAUUGGAAGUAGAUAUAUAUGCCAUUUGCAAAGGAGGAAUAUUUCUCAGUGUGUUUUAUUGUUUGCCGUUGAUAUUUGUGGACUGUUUCGCUAUGAGAUACUGCGGACAUAAAGAAAGAUGGGAAUUUCGGACAUGUCUCCAUUUUGCGUUUCUGUUAUUUCUAUGGGAAAGGACUUCGGCUCAACUCCGUUAUUCCAUUCAGGAGGAGGUUAAACAGGGUACUUUUGUGGGAAAUAUUGCAAAGGAUCUGGGAUUAGAUUCCGAACAAAUAGCGGACCGUCGGCUUCGCAUCGUUUCUGGAACAAAAAAACAGCUCUUUCAGGUAAACCUAAAGGACGGCGCUUUACUUGUUAAUCAAAAUAUUGACAGAGAAGAAAUGUGCAGUAAAAUGUCUCAGUGCAUUGUUAAUAUAAAAGCUGUUGUAGAAAAUCCUCUGGAAAUCCACCAUAUAACAGUAGAAAUUGUGGAUGUUAAUGACUAUACACCAAGUUUUCCAAACAAUGAGAAAAAAAUAGAAAUCCCGGAGUCCGCAACAACAGGAGCACGAUUUCAGUUAGAAGCUGCUCAUGACCCAGAUGUUGGUUCAAAUUCUCUGAGAUUUUAUAAACUGAGUCCAAAUGAAAAUUUCGAAUUGGAUGUACAGGGCCUUAGCGAAUACAAUAAAAUUCCAUUUUUAAUUCUGCAAAAACCUUUAGACAGGGAACGCAUUCCUGUGUAUAACCUGCAGCUGACCGCUUUUGAUGGUGGUAAACCACAAAGAUCAAGUACUCUUAACAUUACAAUCAUAGUCCUUGACAUCAAUGACAAUGCGCCAGUAUUUGAUCAGCAGAAGUAUUCGGUAACACUGAAAGAAAACACUGCAAUCGGUACAUUUAUCAUACAGCUAAAUGCAUCAGAUUUAGAUGAAGGUGCCAACGGUGAGGUUGUGUACUCCUUCGGUAAUACGUUCAGGAGCAGAGUGUCUGAGCUUUUUGAUUUGGACGGUAGAACUGGACAAAUCAAAGUCAAGGGUUUAAUCGAUUUUGAAGAGGAGCAGGCUUAUGAGAUUAACGUGCAAGCAUCUGAUAAAGGAGCCGUGCCUUUAACUACGCAUUGCAGUGUUUUUAUAAAAGUAGAAGAUCUGAACGACAACAGGCCGGAAAUAGAAAUCACUUCUUUGUCCAGUCGGAUUCCAGAAGACGCGCGCCCCGGUGCUGUGAUAGCUCUGAUUGGUUUAACGGACCGUGAUUCUGGUACGAACGGCCAAAUAAAGUGUACCCUUUCAGAAAACCUUCCUUUUGAUUUGAAGCCAUCGUCCGAAGACAAUUUCUACUCAUUAGUGACAAAGCAGCAGUUAGACAGGGAGUCCAUUCCUGUCUACAAUAUUACAAUAACCGCGAACGACUUAGGGAUUCCUUCCUUAUCAUCAGCUAGAACCAUCAGUGUGGAGUUAUCAGAUGUAAAUGACAACAGUCCCAGAUUUAAUCACGAUCCAUACAUAUUAUACUUAUAUGAAAAUAACUUCCCAGGGGCCUCCGUAUUCUCGGUUAGUGCAUCCGACUCAGACAUAAACGAAAAUGCCCUUGUUUCAUAUGAACUGGGAAAUGGACCGAUGGACGGAACAGUAAGAUCUUUCUUAAACAUCAAUUCGGAAAACGGGAAUAUUUACGCUUUGAAAAGUUUUGACUUUGAAGAGCUUAAAAGCUUUAAAUUCCAAGUCGUAGCCAAGGACUCUGGAGUGCCAUCGCUGAGCAGCAAUGUCACAGUGAAUGUUUUUAUUCUGGACCAGAACGACAAUACUCCCAUGAUUUUGUCUCCCUUAAAUUCUAACGGGUCUGCUGAAGUUGUGGAGGAAAUACCCCGGAAUGUGAACGCAGGUUAUUUAGUCACUAAAGUGAGGGUUUACGAUGCGGAUGUAGGAUACAACGCCUGGUUAUCGUUUUCACUGCUCCAAGUUACGGACCCCAGUCUCUUUAGUUUGGAGCGCUACACAGGAGAGAUACGGACACUUCGGUCAUUCACGGAAACGGACAGCACCGAGCAUAAACUGAUCAUACAGGUAAAAGACAACGGCAACGUUUCAUUUUCAGCAACAGCAACGGUGCUUGUUAACACAGUCGAGGCCACAGAAUCGUUUGCGAUUGCUGAUUUUAAAAACAUUGCUAAAAAUCAGGACGAAAACAAUGUAACGUUUUAUUUAAUUAUCACAUUGGUGUCAGUUUCAGCGCUUUUCUUGAUUAGCAUCUUUGUUUUGAUAGCAAUCCAGUGCUCUCGAUCUAGAGCCUAUGCUUCAAAGUGUUCUAGGGAUAAAACUUACGCGGAAGUCAGCGGGAAUGGAACUCUUUGCCACAGCAUCCAGUACAGAGCCGGAGAGAAACGCUACAUGUUAGUGGGACCCAGAACGAGUAUAGGCUCUAUGCUCGGCGUGGGAAGCAAUGGGAACACUCUGGUCAUCGCUGAGAACGGAAGGAGAGCUUCGGGAGAGAACUUCAGCAGAUAUACGAUAUUCCAUUCAGGAGGAAGCUAAGCAAGGAACA